AUGCUGCUGCCCGCUCCCAGCCGCGCCCGGGGCCUGCUCCUGCUGCUGGCGUUGCUGCUGCGCUCGCCGGCCCCCGCGGGCGCCCCCGGCCCCGACCCCGGCCCCGACCCCGGCCCCGAUCCCGGCCCCGGCCUCGACCCCGGCCCCGACCCUGAGCCAGACCCCAGCCCCGAGCCAGACCCCGGCCCCCGCCCCGGCCCCGCAGCCCUGCUCCGCGCCCUCGGGCUCCGCGACGCGCCCCGCGCCGCCCCCACGCGCCGGCCCGUCCCCCCGAUCAUGUGGCGCCUCUUCCGCCGCCGGGCCCCCCGGGAGGCCGGGGCCAGCACCCCGCGGCGGCCGUGCCACGUGGACGAGCUGGGGGUCGCCGGCAACAUCGUGCGCCACAUCGCGGACCCCGGUGCACCGGCGCGGACCGCGUGGCCCGCCGCGCCCGCGGGGCCGUGUCCCGAGUGGACCGUGCUCUUCGACCUGGCGGCCGUGGACCCCGCCGAGCGGCUGAGCCGCGCCCGCCUGGACCUGCGCUUCGCGGCGGCGACCCCGGCCCUGGCCCCGGCGGGCGGCUGGGAGCUGAGCGUGGCCGGGCCCGCCUCCCCGCCGCUGCGCCAGCCGGUGUCCGGCCUGGAGCGCCCGGUGCGCGCCGAGCUGCCCGCCGCCUGGGCCCGCAACGCCUCGGCGCCCCGCAGCCUGCGCCUGGGGCUGGCCCUGCGCGCCCGGGAGCCCGCGGCCUGCGCGCGCCUGGCCGAGGCGGCGCUGCUGCUGGUGAGCCUGGACGCGCGCCGCUGUCCCGCGCCGGGCCGGGCCAGGCGCCAGGCGGAGCCCGGGGGAGCCGGGGGGCCCGGGGGACGCUGCCGCGCGCGCCGCCUCUACCUGAGCUUCCGCGAGGUGGGCUGGCACCGCUGGGUCAUCGCGCCGCGCGGCUUCCUGGCCAACUUCUGCCAGGGCGGCUGCGCGCUGCCCGCGCCCGGGGGCCCGCCGGCGCUCAACCACGCGGUGCUGCGGGCGCUCAUGCUGCACGCGGCGCCCGGCGGUGCGGGCGGCCCGGCCUGCUGCGUGCCCGCGCGCCUCUCGCCCAUCUCCGUGCUCUUCUUCGACAACAGCGACAACGUGGUGCUGCGCCACUACGAGGACAUGGUGGUGGACGAGUGCGGCUGCCGCUGA